AUGAACUCACCGCCUCAAUCUUCCUCACCGAGCGGAAGGAUGAGAAGAGCCGAGUCUCCUUCCUCAUCCUCGGUUCGUAGUGCUUCACCGACGAACUCCACAACAUCGGGAACGAAAAAAGCAAGUAAGCGUAAGGAGGAGAUGGUAAAGAGUCAGAAAAAAAAUGGACGUAGCAGUGUGGAAGCAGUUGGAAAGAAUGGUGAGAACGAGAAGAACACUUUGGUUGAGAGGCUACAAUUAGCUCCCGAUCAAGUGCUUCUUACGAUUGAAGUUAUUGGAGUGGGUAAUGUAAAUAUAGUCGCUGAGAAGGAUACAGAUCUCAUUGAUGUUUUUGAUACGCUCCGAUCCAAAAUCGGGAUGAAUGAGUUCGGAAUGCAAUUCUUUGGAUUAUUGGAGCAAGUUUAUGAUAGCGAAGGAUCCAUGCCACUGGGACGAUUUGUGAAUUUACAACGAACCAUUCAGGAAGAAAAUAUUACCACAUCCUCUAACUUGAAAUUUGUUUUACGAACAAUUAAGAGACCGGUGGAUAUGAAAGAUUCUGUGGCAGAGAGUAUUAUGGUGAAACAAAUCCAUCUCAAUUUCAUCAACAGGCUCUACAAGUGCACAGAAAAACAAGCAGUCUAUCUUGCAUCAUUGAUUUUACAGAUAAAUUUUGGCGAUUACAAUCCAGAGAAGCAUAAAAUUGGAUUUCUAAACAAAAUUGCCCUUAACACUUUAUUACCCGUUUCCGUUGCAAAGCACGAUAAUCCUUACUGGCAGGAAAGACUUUUCCGAGUGCACAAGCAGCAUCAAGGCCUUUCAACAAGAGAUGCUAUAUACAAGUACUUGGAGGAGGCUAGUAAGACAUCACAUUUUGGAAUGAAAUACUUUUAUGUGGAACAUGAAGUUGGACCUAAACAAUUAAUGGGAAUCGCAGAGGAUGGUAUUUUCUUCUUUUCAAAUCUGUCACCUAAGCCUGAUUGUUGGAGAUGGAGAAAAAUUAAAACAUGGACAACAUCCAUGACAAACGAGGGAAAAUACAAGAUUGAAUUGGAGCGAGUUGGAAAUGACAAUGAAAAAAUCUCUAUUAUUACUUCGAAAAUGAAACAUGGAGCAAUCUUGUUUCUUAUUCAAGAUUAUUAUUCCCUCUUACCUGAAGAUAUGAGGACAUGUCAAGUGCAAGUUCAACCAAAUCCAUUGGCCUCUCUAUAUCAAAAACCUUUGAACAGAAUAUUCUUGGCAAAAGUUUCAAGCAGAAUUGAGUAUUUAAUGGGAUAUUAUUGCGAAAUGUGUGCAAGGGCAAAGCUCGUUCCCAAUCCAGUGUAUUGUCGUCAGCUCGAUAAUGCUCUCGAUGAUGACACUACAUUGACAUCACUUAGUUUGCGAGCCUUAAAAAUUCAUGACAAAAUUUUGGCCUAUUAUUUAGAUCCCAUUGAAACGUGCUUGAUUUAUCAACCCAAUAUCAACUUUUCUUGGAAAGAAAAUUUUACUCUUGAAAGUUUUGAUUUUGGUUACAAUGAGAUCAAGAUAGAAGUGCCCAGAUUACUUCAUGUAUUGACCUACUUUCGAUAUUUGAAAUACCUCAAUCUCUCUGUAGUCCCUUUGAAUGAACACUCAAAUAUAUUGUCAUCAUUCUUGUUACAGUUGACAAACCUUCAAGAAUUAGAGAUUGCCAAGUGUGGACUCAAAGACAAGUCCAUGCAAACCAUUCUUAUGGCUUUGUGCAAAUGCAAACAGCUUCAAAAAUUGAACCUUUCCAAAAACCAUAUCACCAAUAAUGCUCUUGAGCAUGUCACUUCGUUCUUGGAAACGGUCAAGUUGAAACAUUUAAACAUGUCACUGAAUGAAAUUGCAGUCACGAAAAAGGAUACCAUGGUCAUGACUUUUUUCAAAACAUUAGAAACCAAUCUCUUUGUGUCCACACUCAAUGUAAGUGGUAUCAAAUUAGGAGAAAAAGGAGGAGAAUAUAUCAUUGAGUUCAUUCGAGUGACAAGUACUUUGAAAGAUGUCACAAUUUCAAAUGCUGGCAUUGAGGGCAAAGUGUUUUAUAGCAUUGGACGUCUGCUGAGAAAUCACCCCUCAGUUGAACGACUUGAUAUUUCCAUGAAUACUAUAACCAAGGGAAUGACACCUGAGGAAGAAGAUGAAGCAUGGUACUUUUUAUCGGUAUGCAAAAUGUUAAAACAACUCGACAUUUCCGACAAUCAAAUUUUUCAACAUUCCUUGGACAUUAUUUCCAAAUACCUGAUCGAGAACAAGACAUUGACUGUAUUAUCGCUUGCUGGAAAUCCGGUUACAGCAAUCAAAACGUUUGAAAUUUCUGCUACAUUUUGUCAAGCUAUAUCUGCAGUUCCUACUCUAUUCCUACUUGAUGUCACAAGUUGUAAAAUAGCCACAAAAGGAGUCAUUGACAUUUUCGAAGCCGUUUCCAAGAAUAAUUCCAUUAAGGAACUUUAUAUUGGAAGAAAUUUUGUAAAGAAUUUUGCCGAUGUUUCUCAUGUUUUCCGGGAAUUGAAAUUACGAGUGUUGGAUUUGCGACAAAUGCGAAUUAAUGACAAGAACCUAGAUCAACUCAUUCCUCAUUUGCGUGCCAACAAGCAUAUUGAAAUUAUCAAUUUCGAGGGCAAUCAAAUUACAUUUGCUGGUUUGGAGAAUUUCUUAAAGAGAAUUGGAAGAAGAUCUGUAUUGAAAAAGGUCGCCUUCGUUGGCAACACACUCAAGGACCCUCAAAAGAAACUCAUCUUUCAACAAUUUCUGCAUCAUACCAAUAUUCAUCAUGUAGUUCUCUAG